UUCUUUCCAUGUUAGACACGAAUACAAACUGCAGUUAUGAGUUCUUGGAUACGGCUUGCUUUGAUCAUUUUCCUAAAUCUGACAAACUUUCUAUCUACGGUUAAAUCCCGUCAUUGGUGUCUCAACAAUGGUAAUUACACGAGUAAUAGCCCGUACAAGAGAAAUCUCGAUAACCUCCUCCUCUCUAUCUCUUCUUUAAUUGAUGUCAAUGGAUUUUACAGUGCCUCAUAUGGAGAAAAUUCCGAUAGAGUACAUGCAAUGGGACUCUGUAGAGGAGACCAUCAGCUUGAUACAUGUCGUAGUUGUAUCAAUAAUGCUACGAAUUCCCUCUUACAGUUCUGUCCUAACCAAAAACAAGCGAUCAUUUGGGUACGGGCUGAUCAAUGCAUGGUACGCUACUCCAAUGAGUCAAUAUUUGGACAACUUGCAACUGACCCACGCCAUGAGUGGUAUGUAGUAUUCGAUUCCCCCAGUCGGGAAGAGUUCAACAGGGAUUUGAGAACAUUGUUGGAUAAUCUCCGCAGACAGGCCGUUUACGGUGGCGCUUCCAAGAAGUUUGCAGCUACCAAGAGUGCUGCUCCCGAUGGUUUGACACUUUAUGGACUAGUACAGUGCACUCCUGAUUUAAGCUCAGAUGAUUGUAGUGAUUGCUUAAUCCAGGUUGCUGAGAUUAUACCACGAUGUUGUAAUGGGAAACAAGGAUUCGGAGUAUAUUGCCCCAGCUGCCUUCUUCGCUAUGAAACCUAUUUGUUUUAUAAUGAUUCUUCUCUGCCGCCGCCGCCGCCACCACCACCACCAAUGUCACUACCCACACCACCACGGCCGGCACCACAAGGAAAGAAUGAAAAUACAACUCGAACUAUCAUUAUUAUUAUUGUUCCAAUUGUUGUGGGUCUAAUAGUUGCUCUUUGCAUUGGUAUCUUCCUAAGGUUUAGACAAAAUCAAAAACUGAUGGAAAAAGUUGAAACUCACAAUGAAAUUAGUACUGUUGAAUCCCUGAACUAUGAAUUCGAUACAAUUAGAGCUGCAACAGAUAAUUUCUCUGAUGCUAACGUGCUUGGACAAGGUGGAUUUGGCAUUGUUUACAAGGGAAUACUUGUCAGUGGGCAAGAAAUAGCUGUGAAAAGAUUGUCUAUGAAUUCAAGGCAAGGUGAUCUUGAAUUUAAGAAUGAGGUCAUGUUAGUGGCGAGUCUUCAACACGUGAAUCUAGUAAGGCUCUUAGGUUUCUCUCUAAAAGGAAGCGAGCGACUUCUUGUAAAUGAAUUUGUCGAGAAUGGAAGUCUUGACCAUUUCUUAUUUGAUCCAAUCAAGCGUCCAAAUUUGGAUUGGGAUAGACGCUAUGAAAUCAUAAGGGGCAUUGCUAAGGGAGUUCUUUAUCUACACGAAGACUCUCGACUCAAGAUCAUACAUCGUGAUCUUAAAGCUGGCAAUAUCUUGUUAGAUGGAAAGAUUAAUCCCAAAAUAUCAGAUUUUGGCAUGGCGAGAUUGUGCGUCCAAGACCAAACUCAUUGCAGUACUAGUAGGAUAGUAGGAACAUAUGGAUAUAUGGCACCUGAGUACGCAUUUCAUGGACAAUUCUCUAGCAAAUCAGAUGUCUUCAGCUUUGGCGUCCUAGUUCUGGAAGUCAUAAGUGGUCAAAAAGUUAAUAGCUUCCAAAAUGGGGAGAAUGUGGACGGCCUCCUAAGUUGUGCUUGGAAAAAUUGGCACGAAGGAACAGCAGAAAAUGUAAUAGAUUCCGCGUUGAGAACUUCUUCACGAUCCUUGCAAGACAUUAUCCGAUGCAUUCAAAUUGGUUUAUUAUGUGUUCAGCAAGAUGCAGCUGACAGACCUACAAUGACAUCAAUAGUUCUUAUGCUCACUAGCUUUUCUAUAACUCUACCAAUACCUUCACAACCUGCAUUUUUUGUGUCUAGUAACUUAGAUCCAAAAAUUCCGCUUCUUCAAGACCUCAAAUCAACACCAUCACAGACCAAAAAAUCAUCAAACAGUUGGUCAUCUAAUUCUGCUUGUUUGUCGAUAAAUGAUGCUACAAUGAGUGAGUUAUAUCCACGGUAAUGUCAGCUGUAAAACUCUCUACAUAUUUUGUCUUUAUUAAUAAAUUGGA